UGGUCACGGUGGCCUCGCACUUCCCCGCGGACUUCACGGCCGACGCCCACGCCGCUUGGGACAAGUUCCUGUCCGUCGUGUCCAGCGUCCUGACCGAGAAGUACCGCUGAGCGCCGUCCAGGGACCGCAGAGGACAGGCCUCGAACUCUCUUCUACCUCUGAAUGCUCCCUAAGUUCCUCCCGCUGCUCCCCCAAUAAAUGGGUGGGGGUGGAGUGAGCUGGACGCGUCCUCAGUACUGAGGGAAAGGAACAAAGUGAGGGUCGUGUCACUCCCGUCCUGGAGGCCACGCCCAGGUGUCUUUGAGGUGGUCCUUGCGUCUUCGAAGCCCAGGGAAGCAGCCCGGAGAGAGCAGAGCGACAGCAGGCACAUCCGUGCUGUUUCCUCUGGGUGCAUUUACACCUCAAACCUUCUUUACAAAUCGCUCAAAGACUGUCGCCUCGCGGAGCGCGUUGACUGCGUGUGGGGACUCAGGGGACUUUUCUUCAAAGCCUGGUGUCAUAGUUCCCGCGCUGCGGGAGUGUCUGAUGCAGUUACCUUCCUGGCCCCUCGCGGGGAAAGGGGGUUCCAUGCCCCCACUCUUUCUCCUGAUACUUCCAUGGGCUCCCUCCUGGCGCGCAAAGCUGUAACUCUGCCCGCAGGGAAGUCAUUGCAGCUCCAGCUAAAGUCCACCACAAAGAUACCCACGCACGGCGGCGUCAGUGCCAGUGACCCAGGGACGCCCGAGGCCGUGGUCUGCGAGGCCCUGGGAAACUGGCCCAGCGACGAUUCCCGGUGCUGGCAGAGGUUGCCCGCGUUCCCGCCGCGCCGCUGCAGAUAAAAGCGGGGCGCACGCAGGGAGGUUGUGGUGGGCGGGUGCUGUUAUAAGGAGGCCUGGCGGGAGGCCGGAGACUCGCAGAGCACGCCACGCCCGCGCCAUGCUCACCGCUCAGGAGCGCGCCCACGUCGCGCAGGUCUGGGACCUGAUCGCAGGACACGAGGCGUACUUCGGGGCGGAGCUGCUGCUCAGGCUCUUCACUGUGUACCCCAGCACCAAGGUCUACUUCAAGCACCUGGGCGCCUUCCCGGACGAGGUGCACCUGCUGAGCCACGGACAGCGGGUGCUGGAGGCAGUGGGCGUUGCCGUGCAGCACGUGGACAACCUGCGCGCGGCCCUGAGCCCUCUCGCGGACCUGCACGCGCACGUGCUACGCGUGGACCCUGCCAACUUCCCACUGCUGAUCCAGUGUUUCCAAGUGGUGCUGGCCUCCCACCUACAGAACGAGUUCACCGUCGAGAUGCAGGCGGCGUGGGACAAGUUCCUGACGGGCGUGGCCAUAGUGCUGACCGAGAAGUACCGCUGAGUCGCGUGCCCACCUGUCAAUAAACGGGCCUCGAAGGCGGAGACCUGA